AUGCGGUUCCUGCCGCAGGUCCCAGAGUCCGCAAGCGCCGGCUGGGGCCUGGGGAGUAGGGGCUCCCCCCGAACUCCGUGCGCUCCGGCGCGGCAACCGGUGCACCGACUCUCCCAAGCGCAACAUGGGGAACUGACCCGCGAAGCCCUGGUGACCCAGGUGGCCAGGAGACUGGGAAAAAGGAAGCUCUCCCCCGGACCCCGGACAUCCCAGAAAGCGGAGACGUUAGACCCAGUGACUUUGGGCAACCAAAGCCUCGGACCUGGGGCCAAAGUUGGGCAUGAGUUACCUUACCAGUUGCAGCAAAAGAUGCCAAGAGUCUGGAAAACCAGAAGAAGCGACUGCACUGGACCACGAACCGCCUGGGCUGCUGCGCCCCCUUUCCGGAGCCCCACCCUCCCGAGCAGCAAUGGCCCGGAGGUCGAACACGUUUCCUGCCAGGAGGACGGCUGGGAACUGCUCCCCUGCCCGUCGACCACAGCCACCCUGUCCCCACCCUCUCCUGGCGGACACCUCCGGGGCCCCGCCUUCCGAAGCCGGGGCGUGUGUGACAGGCCCUCCAGGGAAGCCACGUCCCCCCUUGGAGAUCACUGGCCCAGCGCCUCUCCCUGCGCGAGGCACAGAUGCGCGGCUCUCACACCCGGGCCGGGAAGAAGAUCGGGGGGAAACCGUAUGGCAGCCUCGAACCCGUCAGAGGAGUUUGGGUCCUCCGCAACUACACGGAUUCCGAGACCCCCCUCCUCUUUCCUCGUUCCUGGCAUGCUCUCGCGUCGCCUGGGGGAGCUGAACUCAGGUUCCGAGGAAAGUGCACGCCGAAGUUGCUUCCAUCUGCGAAGGCGCUCGGGAGCCGCAGAGGAGUCCGCCCCCGCCGCAGCCCACGCCCCGUCUCCCCGGGGCUGUGGGCACGUUCCCCAGCCCCGGGCUUCAAUAAUGCAUGGACUUACCUGCUCCCGUGACCCGCGGGCCGCCUCGCCUCCCAGCCGCCGCCGCCGCGUCCCCAGCGGCCAAGGGCUCCGGUCUGGAUGUUUGGGUCGUAGAAACCGCGGGGGGGGGGGCUGGACUGUGCGAGCAAAUGGCCCAAAAGAAGGGGGCAGUGCGCUCCCGGUGAUUCCCCAAUCGGCUUCGGGAGCCGGAGGCUCCUCCUCGCCCCGCGGCGGGAGAAAGCCCGCGGCAGGCUGCGGCCGCCCGCUGCCCGCCUCCGAGGCGCGGCGACUCCACAACUUUGUGCGCCAGCCGCCCGCCGGCCGCCCCGCCCCCCCGCGGCCCGGCCCCUUUGUUGGGGCGCAGCGCCGGAGGCAGAGGCUGGGGGGCGCAGGACCGCUCCGCGGCGCGCUGCCGUCCCCCCGGGAACCGGCUCGCGGCCCGCACCCGGGGGCCCGCUCUUUCGAGGACGAGGAGGCCGCGCAGGUCCGGUCCGCCGGCCCGCGCCGCUCCAGCGCUCCGGCUCCCCCUCGCCGCCGCCGCCCCCCAACUUUGUUCCGGGAGAGAAGCCCCUCUCCGCUCCCGGCGCGGCCCCCGCCCGGCCCGAGCCGCCACCGCCGGCUGGGCUCCGGGAACGUGGCGCUCCGGGUCACCUGA